AUGAAAGAUUACGCCAGGGAAGAGAAUGGAGGACUUAUUGUGAUGGCGUCAUGUACAGACGAGCGCUUCCCACCAGAGAACAUGCUAGAUGGCAAGGACAACACUUUCUGGGUUACCACGGGCAUGUUUCCACAGGAGCUAAACGCGCCACCAGCAGCCCUCCAAGCUCACAUGCCGCUGAUACGGAAGGCCUUCUAUCGCGCAGUCCGUAAGCUUGCGGUAGAGAAAUGCGACCAGGACAAGCCUGAUCACUUUGAGAAGGUCUUUGAAGUUGAGCUGGCCAACCGAGGAGACCGCCUUCAGACGGAGGUGCACCAAGUAAAUAUCCGAGCAAAAUACCUGAAGUUCAUGGUUCUACAGGGUCACGGGGAGUUCGCCACCGUGAACAGAGUCUCAGUGGUCGGUGGCGACGACGAUGGAGGGUACGACGACACGGGUUACGGCAGCAUGCAGCGCCAGGCAAGCUACGGCGGCAGCGCAGCGGCGGGCUUCCCAAGCUCGCGCCCGGAGAGCAGCGCGGCUGGGGCCGGUGGUGGCGGCGGCGGCGGAUUUGAUGACGAGUUUUAAGUGAGAAGCCCCUGUACGCGGCCGAACGAUUCGGCAUGAAAGGUCGGGGGCAGUCACUAAGCGGUGCGGACGACCGGAUGAAUUGUACCCAACCUACCCGGUAGGGGUCGGGUCGGGAAGUAACUUCCAGCCAAGGCCAGGCGAGUGUAAGGCCUGGCAGAAAUACACGGAAGAGCUGCCGGAUGUGUGUGCUGUAUUGGCGCCACACAGUAGCCCCACCGCCUUGUCGGGUGUGGUGACGUGAUACACCUACGUGGGCGCAGCCUAGACACGUGUGUAUAGUGCGUAAGGAAGGACUCGGAGGACACAGCUGAUUCAGCCGAGCGGGACACCGCGCGGGGGCACAGCUGACUCAGCCGAGUGGGGUUUCUUGAGUUGUGGAAGAGCUGUUCCAGGCGAAGGGCGGGUGGGCGGAGACACUCCCCGGCUGGCGGGCGCCCCGCCCCUGCCAACCCACAUCCUAGCGGGGCCCAGUGGGUGCCAAGCGGGUGCGGCACCUAAUAAGAUAUGUGCAGAUGUGCGCUUACUGACACGCAGUUCCGUUUUGCCUUCUGGAUGGAUUUCAUCCGAUUAUCUCUCCGGCCAUCGUUGGAGCUCUGUCCCUUCCUGUCUUCCUCGACGGAAGGUGGCCAGGGUAGGUGGAAGGGAUAUAAGGUGCUCAGUUGAUGCAGUCCUGAUGGAGGGAACGGAUUAAUCAACCCGAUCACCGUGGGGGAUGCCCCACGGGCCCUGACGCCCUGCACAGGGCCCUCUCAUGUACAUAGUGUUCCGGUGGGCCGCACUGGGGUGAUAUGCGGCUACUACUGUGGCAGGGGAUGUUAACUGUGGUGGUGACCAACUAAAAUUGAGGAGUGAUGUCAUUUAUGGCGCGCGGCGCGGUAUUGUAUAAUGCAGCAAGUUGGUUCAUGGAGGCAUAGUGGUUAGUGGUUAGUGGGGGAGCAGAUUCACGGGCGAGGCUUGGCGAGUUGCCUAGAGGACGGCGGACAGCAAGUGGGUGAUGCAGCACGGGCCACACUUGCGUAGGCUAUCGCCGAAAGUAAGAGCCUGGGAUGCCGAAGUGCACGGCCCCCCCUUUAAAAGAGACAUAUC